GAUCUCUCUCUCUCGCUCAUAUACACACGAACCCUAAUUUUCUCCGUCAAUUUCCCCUCUAUUUGAUCUUCACAAUCAAAUCGUUUUCUUCUUUCUCUCUCAAAUCUAUGCUUGGAUUGGUCUCAAUCUGUCUUUAAUUUAUUUAAUUUGGUAGAAGGUUCUCCAAUUGGAUCUUAUGUUUUUUUUCUUUUUGAAAUUUGAGGAAUAGCUAUAUAUACAUACAAAUAUACGUAUAUAUAUGUACAGGGACCGUGGUGGCUCGUCGUCGAGGUCGGAGAUGGUGGGAGGAGGUGGAGCUGGGUCGUUGGAUCGGAAACGAAUCAAUGAUGCUUUGGAUAAGCACUUAGAGAAGACAUCGUCGCCUUCGACUUCUAGGGUUUUGAAUAUUAACAAUAAGGAGAAAGAUAAAUUGUCUAUGCCUUCAACGUCCACAGCCGGUGGUGGCAAAUCGUUUCACCAGGACCUUCCUCGUGAUAACCGUUCCUCUUCUACCAUCACCACCACCAAAAACAAGUGCUCAGAUGAGGAAUCUGAAACUGACAGUGAGGAGUCUGAUGUUAGUGGUUCUGAUGAGGAUGAUACAUCUUGGAUUUCAUGGUUUUGCAACUUGCGAGGAAAUGAAUUUUUCUGCGAAGUUGAUGACGAGUACAUUCAAGAUGAUUUCAAUCUUUGUGGAUUAAGCAGUCAAGUUCCUUACUUUGAUUAUGCACUUGAUCUAAUUCUGGACGUGGAGUCUUCUCAUGGAGAUAUGUUCACUGAAGAGCAGAAUGAACUUGUUGAAUCAGCAGCAGAGAUGUUGUAUGGCUUGAUACAUGUCCGGUACAUAUUGACUACCAAGGGAAUGUCCGCGAUGUUGGAGAAGUACAAAAACUAUGACUUCGGAAGGUGCCCAAGAGUUUAUUGCUGUGGGCAGCCUUGCCUUCCUGUUGGCCAAUCGGACAUACCACGUUCAAGUACUGUGAAAAUAUACUGUCCGAAGUGUGAAGAUAUCUACUACCCUCGAUCCAAAUACCAAGGCAAUAUUGAUGGCGCUUAUUUCGGCACCACCUUCCCUCACUUGUUCUUGAUGACCUAUGGCCACCUGAAGCCACAAAAGGCAGCACAAAGCUACGUCCCAAGAGUAUUCGGCUUCAAGCUCCAUAAACCAUGAUCUGGGGUUCGCCUACCGCUCCUACCCGAAACCUUGGUUCUCCUAUUCGCCAAUCUUUGCUUCAACAAGCAGUUCCAUCAAAACCAGGUUAGUUAAAACGCAAUUAUGCUCAUAAAAGGUGGAAGCUUGAUUUCUUUGGCGAUGGGAGAUCAUUUCUUGCCUGUCUAUUUUUGAGCAAAAACUUGUCUUCAAAAAGUACAUCAGAUGAUGUUAACAUAGUUGUUGCAACUCAAGCUUUUUUUUUAAUCAGUUCGGAAAUUUAUAUGGAAAAUCAAAUGGCCUUGUAGUAGCUCGUGUUUUGUCGCCAAUAUGUCUACUUCAGAAGUGUUGUUUAAAGGACAUAUCCGCAACCGUGAUUCAAACUAAUUCUGUAAUUAGAAGAUGAACCUUUUUAAAAUCCAGUUGCUUGAUAAUCCUUC